CGUACGCACCACAGUAUUGCUCCGUCUCCAGUGCCACCCUCGCGCUCAAAGUCAAAGCUUCCUCUGUCGCGCGUGUGAAAUGCUCGCGUGAGGCUAAACUAUCGAGAUCGAACGUAAGAUCGGAAAAUGACGUCCACCGCAAGCUUGACUCGCGAAGUUGACGACCACAUCAUGACGUUACUGACGAAACUGUCGGCACUGAAGGAGAGCACGCAUUAUCAAUUGGACGCGAACGGACAGCCAAUCGAGCACAAGCAGCCGAUGGGUAUCGAGGCGAAGAGUCUUGAGCUUUGGCGUGCCGUUGCAGUCGAGUGCUUCGCUACGUUUUUAUUCGCCUUCGUCGUCGCUGGUGCAUCCACCGCUUCAUCCGUAUCAGGAAGUGGAUUGAACGUACUCACCACUGCAAUCGCUUCGGGCUUUGCCGUUGCCGCUAUUCAAUUGAUCUUCGGUCCUGUUAGCGGUGGGCACGUGAACCCCGCAGUUUCCAUGUCGUUCGCUCUGUCCAGAAAAGUAUCGCCGCUGCGUGCUGCUCUUUACGUGGCUGCACAAUGCGGUGGCGGAAUCGCUGGCGCUGCGAUGCUCUAUGGAGUGGCAUCAGCAACACCUACACAGAUACUCUCAUCAGCAGUCAACCGAAAUAACGAUCAAGCCUUGCUGAAGCUUCUCGUUGAGAUGUCGCUGUCGAUCCUCAUCGUCUUGGCACAUUUUGCUAGCGAAUCACCCAGGACUUUGCCUAACACUAUUAGUGCUAAGCCUGCUUGUGUACUGGCUGCUGCCUAUACUGCUGCUACCCUUGUUUCGACUCCAUUUCUGAAUCCCGCUCGCGCACUCGGCCCGGCAUUCGUCUUGAACCGUUGGGACAACCAUUGGGUCUAUUGGAUCGGACCGACCGCGGGCGGUUGCAUCGCUGCUUUACUGCACGAAUACGUGCUAAGUGGGAAUCGUCGUUCACGCGAGCCACGCGACCUGGACGACGCGGACAAUUCGUCGAUACGCUCGGACGACGAAACUUACGACGAUUUAGAAAAGAACACGCCGAAGUUCCCAGGUGGUUAUGCCACUUAUCGACCAGUCGUCGGCGCCGCGUCAAUUUACGGACCAACGCCAAGUGCAUUGGAGAGAGUCGAGUCGAUCUACGGCGGCACUAAGUCGCUUUACUGCAAGAGCCCACCAUUAACCAGAGCUAAUUUGAAUAGAUCGCAGAGUGUAUAUGCCAAGUCGACUUCGGGUACUCGAGACGGUUUGAUUCUGCCAAAACCAGGUCCACUGGUGCCGGCGCAAAGUCUCUACCCGAUAAGAUUGAAUAGCCAACCGAUUACUAGAGAUACGCUUCAGAGCAGCUCACCAGCGUCUAGUAGUCAACAACAGAGUCAAUCUCAGCAGCAGCCGCAGCAGCAGCCACAGCAGACGCAGCAACAGAAUAACCCACAAAACCAUAACAGUGCCAAUCAGAACAUGCAAAACCAGUUGCAACAGUGCAAUCAGAACAUCUACGGCAUCCGUGGAAUCGCUGGUAUCGGUGCGACUCGAGAUACCAUUUACGGACAUUUAGGCACUAGUGCCAAUGGUAACGUAGCUCAACGAGACAAUAUUUACGGGCGUGCACCUGCACCACCACCAUCCACGCAUCAAACUUUACCUACAAGAGAGAAUGGACAAAUACCAAGACAACAGCAGCAGGAAAAUAGGCCGGAAAGUAUGUACGUAAGACGCGGCGAUGAUUCGGCUUAUGGAAGUUAUCAGAGCUCGUCACGCGGUACUUAUGGCAAAGCACCUGGACCACCGCCGCCACCGCAUGCUUAUCAAGGUAGACAAAGCCAAGGCAAUCCUGGACAAGGACACUUUCAGAGACACUCGCCUAAUCCGCCACAGCAGUACUGAUGUACGAAUGAAGCGGCUGUAAGUAGGUGUCCAGUGCAUCAGCAACGUUUAUGUAGCCAUCGAAGAUGAACUUUCAUUUAAUUAAUUCUGUGAAAGGAGAUGAUGAAUUUUUUUCUGUUCCUUUCAUUCCUUUGUAAUUAUGUAAUAUAUGUUAGAUGUAGUUAAUUUCGGGAUAUAACAUGGAUCACCAGUGAGAAAAUAUAUUCUAAGUUUAUUUAGUUCUUGAUUGUUGAGCAUCAGCAAUACGAUGGCUAAUUUUUUGAAAGUACAUACAGUGGUAACACGAUUUAUAACUAUUAAUGAUAUAUUAUAAUAGACAACGAAAGGAUUAAAACGCUAUUUCAUACAGUGAGUUAUAUAUUGGAAAUUUUAGAAAAUUGUACGGAGAACAAAAAUUAAAAUAGCUAGACUAAUUCACGGAAAUGAGAUUGAUUUUGUUAUACGUAAGACAAUUUGUACAGAUAGAUAAUAAAAACUCGUUUUUUUAAUGUUAGUGUUUAAAAUAUGGAGACAAUCGUUUUCUAAUAUUGAAAUUCUUGCCAUAAAUGACAACGCACUCGUAAAUUUUUCAAGACUGCCAUCGAACCAAAGUGUGAUAAUAUACCUUUUUUUGUACGGCAUUUUUAACUUUUUGUACUUCCAUAGACGAUGAUACUGUAAUGUUUAUUACUUCAAUUUAUUUUUUUCUAAGAACUGUCAACACUGAACUUAAGUAAUGUAUGAAAGAAAACAAUAAUUAUUAGUCAAAGUAAUAAUUUAUUUAAGGCGCAUUUAAACAAAAAAGA